AUGGCAGACGCCGGUGAAGCAGUACCCAACAGCUCAAACCGGCCCUUGAUCCCUCGUCAGCUAGAGGCUCAAGAUGUGGAAGGCAUUGUAGAUGGACCGGGGGCCGCAGCAGCAGGUGCAGAGGCACGUGCACCUGACGCUUCAGGUCCUCCCACGCCACCUGGCGCUCAGCUUGUGCAGCCUCAGCUGCCCACCAGCGGGUCGGACAGCUUUGCUGGGGUGAGCGCAAGUCAGCUGGCGGGCAGAGAGUGGAAGCAGAAGGACAUCGCGGCUGGGAAGCAGCUUGCUGCAACAGGUGCAGCACUGCAUCAGUGUGGCGACAGAGCACAGCCGAGCCUAUCUGCCGCAGCCAGAGCAGCGCAGGAACUGGCCGCUUACACUGAGACCAGCGCGGCUGAGGCGGCAAAGCGCCUGGCUGCCUGCGCGCGGGCGCAGGUGCAGGCUGCGGCAGAUAAUGUCACCAAAGCAAGCGAUGCUGAGAACGAUGCCGCAGCACAGCCGGAGGACAGGCCGGCUAUGCCCUCGGGUCUGCCCUCAAACGGGAUGAAUGGUGGCCUCCCACGGCGCAGCCAAGCGCGCGAAUCCCCGCAGCCCUCUUCUGCGCUGGCCAGGGGUGGCGGCGGGGGCGCGAAUGCUGCACGCAUGGCCACAGGCAAUACGGGGCCUUCAGCGGCAGCUGCAGCAGCGGUGGAGGUCAAAGGGGGCGCCUCUGAAGCUCCUCGUGAUUCAGGACGGGCACAGCCGGCAGCGACGGGAGAGCCCUCGGUGCCGCCGCAGCAGGUGGCGGUCAUCACACGGUUACAGCUGGCUGUUGCCGCCGUGCUGCUGGCAAUGCGCCAGGCGGGCCUGGCUGCGCGAGCCGAGGGCCGCGGGCCGCAGAAUAAAUUCCAGGAGCCCGGGCCCGCAUGGCCAGUCGAAGGAGCAGUAGCGUGCAAACUGGGCUCUGAUUUCCCGACGUACUCCGGGAUCCCCCAAAAUUGCCCCAUUAUGUCCCACAGUCUGACACUCCUCAUCGCUUCUGCGGCGGUGAGGUUCACUUUGCGGGUGAGGAAGGCGGCCGUCGCAAUGGCGCUCGAAGACGCAAAGGUCCAUGCGCAGACAGCGCGCUUGCUGGUCGCCCUGAAGCCCGCAGAGAAGCCGCCGCCCCCCGGGUUUAAGCAGCACUGGCAGCUGUGCGCGCUCCCAGAGGAGGGCUACGUUGUGAGGAAGGCCUAUGCUGCCACCUGCCCACGGCGCGGCACCUGCCUGCUCGUGCACCAGGCGGAACUCGCCGAAUACCUCGCCCGGCACAAGUGCAGGCCGCAGUGGGCUGGGCUGCGGCAGCGGCCGUUAGAGACGGAGUCGCAGUACUCGGCGCGGCUGGGCGCGUCAGGCGUAACCUUCCGAAAGACGCGCCUCGAUCCGCAGCCGCUCAACCCCAUCUUCGACACCAUCCGGGGCGAGCGCGAGGGCCGUGACACCGUCGCAGUGGUGCUAAGCAGCUACGACUCGGAGGCCGGCGCCGCGCACUGGCCGAUACUGCGGCCGGCCUGGGGCCCCGGGGCGCGCGUCGUGAUCCUCCCAGAUCUGGUCGGGCCGCCAGCGGCGGAGGCGGCUCCCGCGGCGGCAGCGGCGCCCGCGGCUGGGGCGCCCGAGGCUGAGGCGCCCGCGGUCGCAACGAUGCCCGCGGCGGAGCCGAUUGCGGCGCAACUGGCCAGGGCGGAGCCGGCAGCGGAUGCCGUCUCCGACGGAGUGCCCGGCCGCCCAAGGGACAAGCGCAAGGGACCCGCGCCGCGCCGCGCGAUCCGCCCGCAGCCCGCGCCGCCUCCGCCGCCGCCGCCGGUGCUGCCGCCGGGAUUCCAUUACUUCCCUCGCUGGCACCCAAAGGUCCAGCCGUCGGGCAGGCGGUGGAUGUUCAUCUUUCUGGCAGCCGAGUGCAAGCAGCACGGCCUGGACGAGGUCCUGCUCGACAGCAAGAGCGUCGCGGACUUCGUGGCUGCGCACUCCUCCUGCAUGCCGGGGUGUGCGCACCUGGCGCGGGGUGAAGGGGAGUCCGGUGAGGCCUACCAGGAGCGCCUAUCUGGGCUGGGGCUGCGCAUCAGCUCCGCUGCGGCAAGGCCGGGGCAGAGUGCCGUGGACGCCGUGCAGUCCAUGAUCCCCAUGAGCGAUGACGAAGCCGAGGCGGUGCUCAGGGACUACAGGGGUGGUUGCCUGACGGACGGGGGGUGCUGCCCAGCUCUGGACAGCUACCUGAGAUGCCGCGACGAUUGGCUGGACUGGAACAACAUUGACGCGGUGGAUGUUGAGUCAGGCAGCGACGGCGACGAUGACUCACCCGCUGACGGCAUCACCCUGAUCCGGCGGCCGCCCACGGGGUUCUCCAACCGCAUGGGGGUGGUGCGCAAGGAGAAUGGGCCGUGGGUGCAGAUGCAGUUCGAGGUGAAGUGCCAGAUGCACAGGGCCGGCAAGAUGCUGGUGAGGCCGCGCCAGGCAAGGCGCUUCCUGGCUGACCACGGACUCUGCAGGCCGGAGUGGACGAGUCUGAUGCAGCGGACCCAUGAAACCGAUCGCGAGCACACGCAGCGCCUGGCGAAGUCGGGCCUGCACUUCCAGCAGACAAAGCAGGUUUGCUACAUGUCCCUGGUGGACAUGACGGUGCACAUGCUGCCCUUCACCGACCGGGCGGCUGCCGAAGAAAUCCUCCUGGAGUCAGGCUUCAUCGCCAAAGACAUGAACGUCCGGGUCGGACCGGAGCCAAGCAGCCGCGUAGCCGCAGGCACAGACAAUGACUCUGGCACCGAGGGCAACGGAACCGCGGCGGCGCAGCCGGCCACACCGGGGAUUGCUGGCGGGCAGGCGGGGCAGCGGCUGCCGGAUGGCUUCAGCGUGCGCCUCUCCAAGGAAGACCGCGCGGGACCGGCCGCAUUUAAUCUGCGCAUCUACUUCCAUGCGCAAUGCUCGGCGCACGGCGUUGACGUGAGCCUGCGCCGCUACAAGGACAUUGCAAGGUUCCUGCGCAGGCACGCCGGCUGCAGGCCGGAGUGGCAGGCUCUGGCGCAAAAGGCUGAGGAGGACGACCUGGACUUCGCCGAGCGCAUGAAGACUGCUGGCCUGCGCUUCAAAUCAAGGGUCAUGCACGGCCACGACUCUCUCCGGGAGAUGGUCCUGGAGCUGCUGGACGUCUCUGCUGAUGAGGCCGGCGCCAUCGUGGCCGCAUCCAAUCUGGCCGGCUGCCGCCGUCAUUCGGCCGGGGCCGAUGCGUCGCCCGCGGCAGGCAGGCAGGAAGAGCGGGAAGACUCGGCUCCGCUUGAGGACGGCGCAUGCGCGCAUCCGCUGCAGCCCCUGCCGACCGGCAUGACGCGCGAGGGGCGCAUCAAGGAGACGCCGGAAGGGCGCUACAAGGUGAUGGUUCAGCUGCGUCUGGAUUGCGCGUUUGACUACGCGAGUCGGGUUCUCCGGGGCUACUCUGAGCUGAGAAACUUCCUGGACACCCACGCCCUGUGCAUGCCGGAGUGGCUGCACCUGGGGCGCCAGAAACGCGACACCGACGAGACUUUCACGCAGAGGCUGAAGGACGCCGGCAUCAGCUUCCCCAAAAUUGUGCUGCCCUCUUUGGAGGCCGCCCAGGAGUGGCUGGAGGGCGCGCUGCAAGUCAGCGCCCAGGGGGCCGCCAGCCUUGUCAGCCACGCCAGGCAGGGCGGCGAGGACGUGCCAGAUCAGACACCGGAGGCGGCAGAGCCAGAAGAGGACGACGACGACAUGGACGUCGACAUUGUAGGUGAGGGGCCACAGCGGCGGCUGCGGGCAGAGCCGGCGGCCGGGGCCGUCCCGGCGACGGCGGCGCGCUUCCCGGCGGCUUUGAAAAAGAUAAUGAAGGAGGUGGCGGGUCCCUGCAACCCAACUCCCAGGCAGGCCGCGGCUUUCCAGGUGGCGGUGUCUGACAGUGCGGCGCAGAGCGCGGAUGUGUUGCUGGCGCGUGUGGAAAUGCUGGAGGGAGACGUGAAAACGCUCAGGGGCAGCCUGAAGCAAUCCAACGCCGUCAACAAGAAGCUGGAGGACAUUAUCAAGAAGCAGGCGGAGCAGAUAGCCAUGCUCGAGGCGGAGAAGGGCGCCCUGCUGCAGGGCCACGCGGCUGCCACACCGGCACCGGCCACCGACAACGCUGCUGCCGGGGAGGCAGCAGGGCCAAGCGCGCCGCCGAGGGCACGCGCAGUCAAGCCUGCACCCGCGCGCGCCGCCGCAGCUGCCGCGCAGCUGCGCGCCCCGGCGCUGACGCGGGCCGGGCAGCCCGGGAACGCCCCGGCACAGGUGCCGGCGACCGCCGCCAACCGCGGCUGCGGAUCGCGCGCCGGCGUGGUCCUGUCGGCUGCAAUCGCGCGCGCGCGGAAAGCGCAGCCGGCGGGCGUCAGGGGCAACGGCGGCCAACGAGACGCUCAAGGCCGCUGGGUGCAGGGGAGGCUGUCAGCAGCCGGCACAAAGAGAGGCUUCCAGCGGGAGCUGUCCUUCCUUGGCGGCGGCGCAGCUGCUGCGGACGAGAUGCUGACGCCCAGGAGCGCAGCGCUGAGGACCCAGCCAAGAUUCGACCCCACCCCGAUGACGCUGCAGCAGCAGAAGGCGAUGCAGGAGGCAAGCCGUCGCGCUGCCGUGGCUGCGCAGGCCCCCUCGGCCACGCCUGCCCGGCCCGGCAGCGCCACUCGGCGUGCUGCCGCAGCCCCGCUCAGCCUCCAGCCAACGACCAAGCGCGUGCGAACCGACGCGCCUGGCGAGCGCGCCUCGCCAUGUCCAAUUGUCAAGAAGGCGAAGCUCGCGGCGGUUCCUCUCUCGGCCGCGGCGGCAGCCGGCAACCAGCGCGCCGGUGCGGCCGGCCGGCCUGGUGCGGCCGUGGCGUCAGGCCUGCGGCCUCCUCAGCCCGAUGCGCAUCGGCUUCUGGGAGUUGUCAGCUCGGUGCGCGCGGUGGCUGCCGACCCGGAGACGCCCAUCAGCCACCAUGCGAUUGGCGACCUUCUGCGCUUCCGGGCGGCGAUCACAAAGGAGGAGAGGCAGCACUCAGCGGCAGAUCACCGUGAGGAGAGGCAGCAACCGGAUCUUGAAUGUGGAUGAGUACAGAAUGUGGGCAACGUGCACGUGCAGCAUUAUUGAACAUCAGAUCAGCGAAAAGGACUAGAUGAAGAAGGAUUCCAAUUGUAGACAGGGCAUGGCAGCACAUUCUGUCAUUCAAUUGGUCUUAUUAGGGGUUGCAUUUAAUUUAUGUGGAUUUGGUCUUGAGCUGUCCCUCAUGUGGACACCAGAAGUGGUGUCUAUUGGAAUACCAUGGAUGCGGUUAUGUUUGACUGCCUAGUCAAUUUUCUCUCAUGGGUUCUUCGUAGGCAAUGCAUAUUUCCGUUGAACCAAUGCAAAACCGUAAUCCAAUCC